AUGCUUCCUUCCUCGCCAUCAUUCUUGUCCUCGUUUGAUCCUGCCCUUCACCUCCACUCCGAAGGUCCUGACAACGCAAUCCCACCGUCCGAAUCAUUCUCCGACGACCUCGAGGCAAUCCACCUGCACCGCUGCGAACAAACCCGCAAUCGAGUUGUGAUUCAACACCGAGCGUGGGAUUUGUCUGAUGUGUUUCGUAGCGAAGACGACAUACGACCUGGUUCGCGAUCCCAAGCCCUCAUUGCCUGGAAAUGGUGGCACUGA